CAUGAUACCUCGUGCGAUUGGCCUACAGCGCCAUCUUUAGAAGCACAUAUGCUGCUGACGGGGUCGGUUGUGCUUUCUCUCACUCUUCGAAUGAGAGCGCUGCUUUCUCCAUGCUGUACGGGCAGACUGAAGGGGAGAGAGGUGUAUCCCAAAAAAGUUUAAUUGUGCUCUGUGUGUUUCUGCAGACCUGCUUUUUGUAGAAUAAAACAUCCUGAGACCUCUUCCAGCCGCAUUGUCUUCAUUGAGGACAACAAAACACAACCAGAGUAAAACUGUUACACGUGCGGAAUGUGGAUUUCUGCGAAAGAUUCACACGGUCUCUGCAUCUCCUGCUUGGUUGCUAAACAUGCUCAGCCAGCGUUGUCCAACCCCGAGGGCUGUCCCCACUGCGCGAAGUUCUUGGUCAAAACCCGAGAGCGAAGGCUUCGCAUUGCAGUAGCUGGGAAGUCGGACCCAUGCCUCUCUGCUCAAACCAGAGAGGAACUGAUGGAUUGUCCACAGGCCUCCAGCUCCUGGGGUGAGAUGAUGGAGAAGGUGUCGACCGUCCUUCCCCCGCUGUUUGAAGAUCUGUUAGCAGGAGCGGAAGAUGAUGACGACGAUGAAGAUGCUAUUCUUCCCCCGAUGCAGUCGCGUCCGCCGAGUGCACAGGAUGAGAGCUCACCCUCCCCUGUGCAGACGGAUACAGAUCUUCCCGAGGUCUGUCGCAGGGCCGCGGCUAGACUGUCGAUCGACUGGCCAUCCCAACCAGCAGAUAAAGGAGCUGAAAGAGACUUGUAUGACGGAAAGAGACUUACGUCACUUCUCCCUCCAGCGAGGCAGUUUAUUCCAGCCGUCCCGGCUUGCGUGAUUGAAAUGAAGAGGUUUUGGGAUAAGCCUUUUUCCCACCGAGUACCUGUUAAGGGCUUCUCGAGGCUAGAUGUCCAGGGAAUGGAGGAUUUGGGGAUGGCAGAUCCUCCCCCUGUAGAAUCAUCUGUGGCGAAUCAUUUAAAUCCAAGCCGCAGGGCAGCGCUCUCCUCAACCGGGGCCUCGUUACCAGGGAAAACAGAGCGCUUUGCCACCUCCGUUUUUCAAAAGAUUUAUAAAUCUUCUGCAAUGGCCGUACCUGCUUUGCACGCGACGUCUCUACUUACAGCCUAUCAAGCGGAGUUAUUAGAGGAGAUGGGGCAUCAGCUGGACUCCGGUUCUCCCACCCAGCGCUCUGGGAGGAGAUAUGUGUCAUUGCAGAUUUAA